AUGGAGACUGCAAAGAUAUCUACUGACCCUCUCUGGGAACAAAGUACAGAGCAAGUCAAUGUCACAUCUUUCAGUAAUGAAUAUGGUAAUUGGACUAAUAAGGACCCAUUUAUGUCUAGUGUGAGCACCAUUGUGCUUCCUGUGGUUUAUUUCAUUGUCUGUGUAAUAGGACUCAGUGGCAACACUCUAGUCAUCUAUGUUAUUGUGCGCUAUGCCAAGAUGAAGACAGUGACCAAUAUUUAUAUCCUCAACCUCGCUGUGGCAGAUGAACUCUUUAUGCUCGGACUGCCAUUUAUUGCCACCCAAAAUGCCCUGAGCUACUGGCCAUUUGGAUCCUUUAUGUGCAGACUGAUUCUCACUGUCGACGGCAUCAAUCAAUUCACCAGCAUCUUCUGCCUGACUGUAAUGAGUAUUGAUCGAUACCUUGCAGUCGUACACCCCAUUCGAUCCACCAAAUGGCGCAGACCCCAGAUAGCCAAGAUGAUCAAUGCCUCAGUGUGGGUAUUAUCUAUUGUGGUUGUCCUCCCAGUCAUCAUAUACUCCGAUGUCCAAAAGGAAAUAAACACUUGCAACAUCAACUGGCCAGAGCCCAAGGCAGUUUGGUCUGCCGCCUUUAUCAUAUACACAGCAGUGCUCGGCUUCUUUGGCCCACUGUUAAUAAUAUGCCUCUGUUACCUACUGAUUAUAAUCAAAGUCAAGUCAUCCAGUGUACGUGUUGGAUCAACCAAGCGAAGAAAGUGCGAGAAAAAAGUUACCAGAAUGGUGAUCAUCAUUGUCGUUGUAUUUGUGAUUUGUUGGCUUCCGUUUUACAUCCUAAAUAUCAUUAACUUAAUCUCCACCUUGCCAGAGGAACCUGUCUGUGUGGGAAUAUAUUUCUCCAUGGUGGUCCUUUCCUAUGCCAAUAGCUGUGCCAACCCCAUACUCUAUGGGUUUCUGUCAGACAACUUCAAGAAAAGUUUCCAGAAAGUUCUGUGCUCGUGCAAGUCCAAUGGUAUUGAGGAUGCAACUGAACAGAAGCAUGAGAAGAGUCGAUUUCCUGAUACAUGCACAACACAGAGACUGGCUGAGCCCAACGGCUGCAUGCAAACCAGUCAGGUUUAA